CGGCGGCGGGGGCACGGGGGCGCGCUUGUGCGCGCGUCCGGAGCCCGGAGGAGCCCGGCCCGAACGAUUCCCCAUGGAUCUCAACAGCGCCAGCAGCGUCGUCCUCCAGGUGCUCACGCAAGCCACCAGCCAAGACACGGCGGUGCUGAAGCCGGCCGAGGAGCAGCUGAAGCAGUGGGAGACGCAGCCCGGCUUCUACUCCGUGUUGUUGAAUAUUUUCACAAACCAUGCUCUGGAUGUCAAUGUCAGGUGGCUGGCUGUGCUGUACUUUAAAAAUGGGAUCGAUCGCUAUUGGAGACGUGUGGCACCCCAUGCGAUCUCAGAGGAGGAGAAAUCCACCCUGCGAGCCGGGCUGAUCACCAACUUCAACGAGCCAGUCAAUCAGAUUGCUACCCAGAUUGCCGUGUUGAUCGCCAAAGUAGCCAGAUUGGAUUGCCCCCGGCAGUGGCCUGAGCUUAUACCCACGCUGAUAGAGUCCGUGAAAGUCCAAGAAGAUCUUCGCCAGCACAGGGCGUUGCUUACAUUCUACCAUGUUACCAAGACCCUGGCAUCCAAACGGCUCGCCGCAGAUAGAAAACUGUUUUACGACUUAGCAUCUGGCAUUUAUAGUUUUGCCUGCUCCCUGUGGAAUCAUCACACUGAUACAUUCCUGCAACAGAAUCCCAGAGAUGGAGCUGCUCUUCUGAAUUCACUGGAAAGGACCCUGCUCUCCCUAAAAGUGCUUCGUAAAUUAACCGUUCAUGGGUUUGUGGAGCCUCACAAGAACAUGGAAGUGAUGGGUUUCCUCCACGCUAUUUUUGAGCGUCUGAAACAAUUUCUGGAAUUCAGUAGAAGUGUAGGCUCAGAUCAUGCGUGUCGAGACCGACUGGAGAAGACCAUCAUUCUUUUCACCAAAGUGCUCUUGGACUUCCUGGACCAGCAUCCUUUCUCAUUCACUAAGCUAAUUCAGAGGUCCCUGGAGUUUGCCGUAGGCUACGUCUUCACGGAGGCUGGGGAAGGAGUUGCCUUUGAGAGAUUCAUAGUCCAGUGCAUGAAUCUUAUAAAGAUGAUUGUCAAAAACUACGCUUAUAAGCCAUCGAAAAAUUUUGAAGAUAGCAGCCCAGAGACUCUUGAAGCGCAUAAGAUUAAGAUGGCCUUCUUCACGUAUCCAACCCUGACGGAGAUAUGCCGCCGUCUUGUGACUCACUAUUUCCUGCUCACAGAGGAAGAACUGACCAUGUGGGAAGAAGACCCAGAAGGAUUUACUGCCGAAGAGACAGGAGGAGAUUCUUGGAAAUACAGCCUGAGGCCUUGCACUGAAGUUCUAUUUAUUGACAUAUUCCAUGAAUAUAAUCAAACUCUAACUCCAGUACUCCUGGAGAUGGUUCAGACGCUGCAAGGACCCACCAAUGUGGACAAUACCAAUGCCCUGCUGAUUAAAGAUGCUGUGUACAAUGCCGUUGGAUUAGCAGCCUACGAACUCUUUGACAGCGUGGAUUUUGACCAGUGGUUUAAAAACCAGCUGCUCCCAGAACUACACGUGACCCAUAAUAGGUAUAAGCCGUUACGCCGCCGGGUGAUUUGGCUAAUCGGACAGUGGAUUUCUGUCAAAUUCAAGUCUGACUUGAGACCGAUGUUGUAUGAGGCGAUCUGUAACUUGCUGCAAGAUCAAGACUUGGUGGUCCGCAUUGAGACAGCGACAACUCUCAAGUUAACCGUGGAUGAUUUUGAGUUUAGGACGGACCAGUUCUUACCGUACCUGGACACCAUGUUCACCCUCCUCUUCCAGCUGCUCCAGCAAGUGACAGAGUGUGAUACCAAGAUGCACGUGCUCCACGUCCUGUCCUGUGUGAUCGAAAGAGUUAGCGUGCAGAUUCGGCCCUACGUAGGCUGCCUGGUUCAGUACUUGCCCCUGCUGUGGAAGCAAAGCGAGGAGCAUAACAUGCUGAGGUGUGCCAUCCUGACCACCCUCAUUCAUCUGGUCCAGGGUUUAGGAGCAGACAGCAAGAACCUGUACCCCUUCCUGCUCCCAGUUAUUCAGCUGAGUACUGAUGUGUCCCUGCCUCCACAUGUUUAUCUCCUGGAAGAUGGUUUAGAAUUAUGGGUAGUGACCCUGGAGAACAGCCCGUGUCUCACCCCGGAGCUCCUUCGGAUCUUUCAGAACAUGUCGCCGCUGCUGGAACUCAGUUCAGAAAACCUCAGAACCUGCUUUAAGAUCAUCAAUGGUUACAUUUUUUUGUCAUCGACUGAAUUUUUACAGACCUAUGCAGCAGGCCUGUGUCAGUCCUUCUGUGAGCUGCUGAAAGAAAUUACCACCGAGGGGCAAGUUCAAGUGCUCAAGGUGGUGGAAAACGUCCUCAAAGUGAACCCAGGACUAGGGCCCCAAAUGUUCCAACCGAUCUUACCGGGUGUGUUCAGAGGAAUCAUCGACGGGGAGAGGUAUCCAGUAGUGAUGUCUACGUAUCUUGGAGUCAUGGCCCGAGUACUUCUGCAAAACACCAGCUUUUUUUCCUCGCUUCUCAGCCAGAUGGCAGUUAAAGUUAAUCAAGAGAUGGACCAGCUCCUGGGGAACAUGAUUGAAAUGUGGGUCGACCGCAUGGACAACAUCACUCAGCCCGAAAGGAGGAAACUUUCAGCCUUGGCACUGCUGUCGCUCCUUCCGUCGGAUAACAGUGUCAUCCAGGAUAAAUUCUGUGGCAUCGUUAACAUUUCCGUGGAGGGCCUGCAUGACGUCAUGACGGAAGAUCCCGAAACAAGAACUUACAGAGACUGCAUGCUCAUGUCCCCCUGCGAGGAGCCCAAAGCCAGUGAGGAGGAGGAGGAGGAGCCGCCCACGGAGCAGGAUAAGCGCAAGAAGAGGUUGGCCCUGAAGGACCCAGUCCACACCGUGUCGCUGCAGCAGUUCGUCUACGAGAAGCUCAAAGCGCAGCAGGAGCUGCUGGGGGAGCUGGGCUUCCAGGCCCUCAUGGAGACCGUGGACACGGAGAUCGUCAGCCAGCUGCAAGAGUUUCUGCAGGGCUUCUGAGGGCCGAGGCUCCCACUGCCGUCCCUUCCGGGCCCGGCCCCUUCCUCGGUUUGUGGGAGCCGGCGGCCGAGCCAGAGAAACCACGCGCUGUCAGGAAAACAGGGAUGCAGAGACUACCCAGUUAGUUUUUUUUCCAAUGCAAAAUCGAAGCAGUCAAUGUAAAAUGCCCCCAUAGGGAGCGAAUUUUCACAACUGUUCCCCGGGAGAGUGUAAUUUCAGAGUCAAGGGAGGAGGCGGGACCCCGGGCCGUCCAAGUUUGGUGGAGGUGGGCUUAGUUUUCUGUUGAGAGAGAGUGAGAACUCAUGCGAUGAUGAGUUUAUUAUCCCAGGUACAUGAUGGUUAUGAUCUGGCAUAUGUUUCUGCAAUCACAAGAUGCCGAGUUUGGCUGCUUCCCUUCCCGCUUCACCCCCACCCACCCUCCCUUAAGUGGAUAAACAACCAAUAAGUCACAACAGCCAAACGUCCCAAAUCGGGACAUUUGUGGUUUGGUUGGCCCCGAGCUCCUGGGGUGGGAGGGGAGUGUUUUUCUCUGUUCAAAGCCAGACACUCGUACUAUUGGGGUCCUCAGCCAGAUGCAGAGUGAGAGCAAGGUCAGGAAAGGAGGGGGAACUUCUCAUUUCAUUUUCAGGAAACAUGCUUAAUCUUUAAAUGUCCAGCACGGGGGCUGAACCAGGGGUAAGUCACCCAGCACGGAGACCCCGUGGGCUCUCGGGACCGUCCGCCCAGAAGCUCUGGCAGCCUGUCGGCCUCCGAGCCGGGCGGGCGGACCAAAGCCGGGGUGGGAGGGCACUGGUCAGGCCUCAAGCUCUGCCCGGGAGACGCCUUCCCUCCUGGCCCCUCAGCGAGACAGAUACGAGAUACCAAAAACCAAGGACAAGCCUUAUGUCCCCCUCCAACCCUCUCCCCUCCACCUCCAUCCCUGGUCCUCGGGAGCUUUUAGAAACUCUUCAGGAAAGGAAAGUCAUGUCAGCAAUUGCUUAGAAAAGUGGGGUGCAGUAUGGUGUUGUGGAGCCCAGAAGGUCUGUGAGGAUAGAGCUUGCCGGCCUCUGGGCAACUUUCCUGGCAUCGAGCACAGCGGGGCAGGGCUAACCAUUCGACGGUCCCUUGCAAUUCCAUCCCACACCCAAGUUCAGAGCGGAGCAGAAGUGUGCAUUUCCUCCUUCCUCAGUUCGCUGACAGGCGUCACCACCUAGAAAUUGGAGUUGCGCCAUCGCUUUCUCCUCUCACUGAAAGACCGAAAGCUUCGUACCUAAGUGUCUCCUCCAUCUCCCAACGCAUUGACUCAUUCAAGUGGGUUAUUUAAAAUUUCAAUUAAAUUUUCAAAGGAA